GGCGGCGAACACAAGAGGAUUGUCAUCGCCUGCGAACUCACGGCUCAUAUAAAGCCUAAUAUGCUAUGUAUUGACGAACCGACCUCUGGUUUGGACAGUAGUGCCGCUCUAGUGGUGAUUAACUGUUUAAAAGUGUUGUCCCGAAGACAUGGGAUGACUAUCAUUGCAUCCAUCCAUCAGCCAAACAACGAUUUGUUUCACAUGUUUGACAACAUCUAUGUGUUGGCCAAAGGAGGCCAUUGUCUCUACGAUGGAGUUCCCCUACAAUUGAGACAACAUCUUAUUGACUGCGACUAUAUACUCACCGAAAAUGAUGUACCUAUUGAGGUGUUAUUGAAAAUGGCAUCAAAAGACAAUACAAACAAUACACUUAUUCUGAAAUCGCAUUUUCCGGCUAAUAUGAUAGAGCCGGACAGUUGUAUGGAACUGGAGUUCGGCGCCGACUGUAACCAAACAGAGGCUGAGAUUGAAGAGGCGUCGCUAAUCAAGAAAAAUAUAAAAUACAAUAUAUCCAUGCUCAUUGUAUCCCAAAUAUCAGCUCUACUAUUCAUGAAGGAACCCAAAGUGGCCAUGAUGUUUGCCAUACUGGUGCAGGCGGUGCUUGUCCUACUCGGCAACAGUCUCUUUCCCGUCAAAGAACUUCAUUACGUCCUCCAAGUAUUGAGCAGUUUAUCAUAUAUUAGAUACGCCUUCGAGUGUAUCGUUUUACUCAUCUAUGGGUUCGGCCGGUGCUCUCACAACCAGAUGUCCACCGUUUUGUACAGUUUGGAUAUUGAGGAGAAUGUGUUCUGGCACAAUUUGCUCAAUUUCUCACCGACAAUGUCUGAGACAGGUCUAUCUCUUGUGCAAAUGAUGGUGAGCGGAGGGAGUGCCGCCUGUAUAGCCGAUAUGGCCACCUUUCCUCUGGAUGUAAGUGUUAACAGUUUAAUACACCGGGACAAUCGCAUAGAGAGCUGUAGUGGCGGUCAAAUCAAACGCAUUUGCAUUGCACUCGAGUUGACAUCCAUUUCCAAACCAUACCUACUGUUCAUCGAUGAGCCCACCACUGGUCUCGACACAUAUGCAGCACAUGUCCAACUUUCAUGUCUGAAACAACUGUCCCGUAAACACAACAUAUCAGUCAUCGUUAGCAUUCAUCAGCCAAACAACGAUUUGUUUCAUAUGUUUGACAACAUCUAUGUGUUGGCCAAAGGAGGCCAUUGUCUCUACGAUGGAGUUCCCCAUCAAUUGAAACAACAUCUCAUUGAUUGCGACAUAAGUGUCGGCGAAAAUGAAGUCCCGAUUGAAGUGUUGAUUAAAUUGAGUUUCAAUGGACGAGAGGACAGGGAUGUGAAGCGAUUGUGCGAUAAGAAUAUGGAAUUGACUUUAAAUACAGAGAAUAUGAUUGCAAUGAAAACUGGGAUUAAAAGCAAAGAAAAACCUCUAAUAAGUAUGAGUGGAUUGAGCGACGAGUCGAGGAUUUAUGUGAGGAACGGGAGGUUUCGGACGUGUUUUAUACAACAGAAUAUAUGCGAUCAUCUGAUGGAAGGGCUGACUGUAAGACAGACUCUGGUCUACGCCUCGCGACUGAAGAACUCGCGAAUUAGCGCUCAUUUGGAUCACCAGAUGAUAGCCUCGGAGUUAAUGUCUUCGCUGGUGAUCAGCGAUACGGCGGACAAUAGGGUCGAGACGUGUAGUGGCGGCGAACACAAGAGGAUUGUCAUCGCCUGCGAACUCACGGCUCAUAUAAAGCCUAAUAUGCUAUGUAUUGACGAACCGACCUCUGGUUUGGACAGUAGUGCCGCUCUAGUGGUCAGCGCCUGA